GAUCUAUGUUCAAGAUGAAUGCUCCGAGGGUGCUACCUACUGGUGCAAGAACAUAAUGACAGCCAUCCAGUGUGGUGCCUGGGAACAUUGCAUGCAAGCUGGAUGGAACCAUGCCAACAAUGAAGACAUAUGUGCAGACUGCAAAGAGGUUGUCACUAUCCUCAUUCGCAUAGCCAAGGAGUCGACCUUAAAGACGUGCAUCCAGAAGUACUUGGAUGAUGAAUGUGACACCAUCCCGCUGCAGACCUUGAUCCCAAGCUGCCAGGAGCUGGUGGAUACCUUAUAUUCCCGAUUCAUCACUGCCCUGGAAGAACAGAUUAACCCCAGCACUGUGUGUGCAAAGCUCAGCCUCUGCCAGUCUGAUUCAUUGGAGACCAAGGACAUCUUUCACAUGCUGGUUCCAGAGAUGGAACAGCAACUUCAGCUGCUGCGAAGCAAAGGCUUUAUCCUUCCCAACAGCCAUACCCAGGAUAACCCCAAGGAGGAGCUGCCCAUCCCUUUGCCUCUUUGUUGGCUGUGCAGAUCCUUUAUAGGCCGGGCUGAAUCCUACAUCCCCAAGGCUGCCAUUGGCCAAGCCUUGUCCCAACUCUGCCUCGUUAUGCCAAGUGCUGUCGCUGGAAUGUGCCAGUGCCUGGUGGAAAGAUAUACUGUGAUCAUCGUGGACAUGAUUUUGGGCAAGCUGGGGCCAAGCUUGAUCUGUGGGAUAAUGUUCAGCUGUGCCACAGAGGAAAACUGUGACCCAGAGAUCCCUCGGGUGCCGCUCUCUGCCCCAGUUGCCAACUGCCAGGCCUGCCUCACUCUCAUCACCCAAGCAAAGGCAACCCUCAAGGCAAACAGCAGCAAGACUGAAAUGGAGGCAGCUGUGCUGGCUGCCUGCAGCAGCACUUUCUCAAGCUGGGAAGAGUGCAAACGCUUCAUCUACCAGCACCAGCCGAAGUUGUUCACGCUGCUUACAAAGCCUUGGAAUGCCCAGAGCACAUGCCAGGAACUAGAAGCCUGCGUGGCUGAAGAAAACCCUUUUCCAGGAACCACCGCCUGUGCCCAGGGCCCCACUUAUUGGUGCUCCAGCCCGAGAGCUGCUGAGCAAUGCAAGGCUGUGCAGCACUGCCAGAACCAUGUGUGGCUGUAGCCAAAGAAUGGGGACUCCCAGCAGCCUACAGCAAAUGGGGGUCGCAGUCCUGUCCCAUUCACCCCAAUUGUCUGGAUUCUUCUGUGAUGACUGAUCAUUGUGGUGGGGAGGAAGGGG